AUGCGCAAACCGACAGCGCCUGGGAACGCGUCACAGCACUUCGUCGACUACAGACGGGUAAAGACGAUUGGUGGACGAGGCGGCGACGGCAUGAUUGCCUUUCUGCGACUGUUCUGCGUACCAAAGGCCGGUCCAUGCGGCGGUGAUGGCGGUAACGGCGGUCACGUCAUAUUCCAAGCCGACGCAAAGGUUAAGUCUUUGGCACACCUGCAUUCCGUUCUUCAUGCGAAGGACGGUGAAAACGGGAAGAGCAAAAGCUGCCACGGUAAGAGCGCUGAUCAUCUAUACAUUAAGGUUCCGUUAGGCACGAAGUUCACCCGCGUCGGCGAAGAGAGCUGCUCACAGCUAAACAGUGAAGGGCAGAUUUUUAUUGCAAGUCGCGGUGGCGCAGGAGGUCACGGCAAUCAGUUUUACCUGUCGAACGAAAACCGAUUCCCGGUGUAUGCUGAGGCUGGAGCUCUGGGCGAAGAGGCGAUGUACGACGUUCAGUUGUGCAUUCUGGCUGAUGCGGGACUGAUCGGAUAUCCGAACGCGGGCAAGUCCAGUUUGUUGCGGGCGAUAUCAAGAGCAAGGCCAAAAGUCGCAUCCUAUCCGUUUACAACGGUGAAGCCCCACGUCGGCAUCAUCGAAUAUCCAGACUACACGCAGUUAUCAGUGGCGGAUAUUCCGGGCAUUUUACCAGGCGCGCACGAAAACCGCGGCCUCGGCAUUGAGUUCCUGCGGCAUAUCGAGCGCUGUCGGUGUCUGGUGUUCGUCAUUGACCUGUCUCUGCCCGAACCAUGGAACCAGCUGAAGGAUCUGAAGAUGGAGCUGAGCUUCUACAAUGCUGAACUGCUUGACAGGCAUUCAAUCGUGAUCGGCAACAAGAUCGACGUCGCCGGUGCCAUCGAUUCGCUGCGUCGGUGGCAGCAGAUGGCCGACGGCGAGGUCGUGGCGAUUUCCGCUAAGGAAAGGACUGGAACCGACGGGAUCCCGACACUGCUUCGCGCACUCUGCGAUCGCGUCAGCUGA